ACGAAUCAGAUGCAAACAGAAUCUUUAUCUUCGUGUCCUAACACUAUGUCACCAGUGCCAUUAAAUAAUCUGACCAGUGCUCCAAGGUUUGGAACAGUUACUCCAAAUCGCAUCUUUGUAGGAGGAAUUGAUUUUAAGACUAAUGAAAAUGAUCUGAGGAAGUUUUUUACUCAGUUUGGCAGUGUGAAAGAAGUGAAGAUAGUAAAUGACAGAGCUGGAGUUUCAAAGGGGUAUGGCUUCAUUACUUUUGAAACACAAGAAGAUGCACAGAAGAUUUUACAGGAGGCUAAAAAACUUAAUUAUAAGGAUAAGAAAUUGAAUAUUGGUCCAGCAAUAAGAAAACAACAAAUACAGAGUCCUCGUUCUACUCUAAUACCUGAAGCUGGUACGAUGUACUUUACUUCAAGUGGAUAUCCUUAUGUUUACCAUAAUGGAGCGGCUUAUUUUCAUACAUCUGAAGUUGCUUCUGUUCCGCAGCCAUGGCCAUCACGCUCCCUUUCCAGUUCACCUGUGAUGGUAGCUCAACCAGUUUAUCAGCCUCCUGCGUACCAUUAUCAGGCACCAACACAGCGUCUUCCAAGUCAGUGGCAGUGGUCUGUUCCACAGUCUCCUGCCUCUUCACCUUCAUUCAUGUAUCUGCAACCAUCUGAAGUCAUUUAUCAGCCAAUAGGGAUUACCCAGGAAAGUGGAUGUAUAUCUCCACCUCUGCUAGUGGAAGCUGCAGUUCCUGAGAUGUGUUCUGACCAUGGAAUUCAAGUACCAUAUCACCAGCCUUAUGCCCAGAGUGCUGUAGCCACGCCUGCACCUCAUGAGAGACUCCUUCAAAAAGGGAUGCCAACACCACUUUUAUUUGGCACCAACACCAUAGACAGAGAGCCUGCCUUGGAUAUCAGUAAUGCUAAUAGUGAGCAACUCAGCAUAGAGUCAGGAGCAGAGGGACAUCAGUUUCAAGCAUCAGAUGAUGUCCUUAAGUUCGUGGAACAAGAAGAAAACCACGAAUGGUUAAUGCCUAAUUUGCAGUGA